UGACAUUUGGAUUCUCGGAAGCCUCCAACGCCUCCGACGUAUCAACGGCAUCGACAGAUUAAGACUCUAUACUCUUUAUACGUAAAACCUGAACAAAGGAAGGCUGAUUUAUUUUCAAAUGGGAACCUGUGAUUUCAAAAUCGACUAAGAUCGUUGUAUGACGUGUCAGUGAUCAAGUAUUGGGACAAUGGCUUCCGUCACAGACGCAGAAGAAGCCUUGCAUUCAACGAACGGGAAACAAAAUUUCCAUCGACUUACAAGACUUUUGAUGUCUGGAGGCGUCAGGCUUCUAAGAGAAAAGUUUGAUUCUUUACACUCGCCCACUGAUCUUCCAUUAAAGCUUAGUGAUCCUGCUAUAAAAACCAAGCUGAGACGAGCAAAGCUCUCUUCACCAGAAUGGAAAUGCCUCUACCCCUCCCCUGGUACGUUUGGCAAGUCCGCCGAUUUCGAUAUCACUUUAAUGUUUAGACUAUUCAGAACAAUAUGCAACUUAACAAAGCCUGUCACGGGAUGGAAUAAUCUUCCAAACAGUACAGACCACAGUCUUGAAGCUGAUUUAGCGCGGAUAAAAUACUACCGCAAUUCCGUUUACGGGCACAACAGCAAAAUGGAAAUUAUAGAAUCUGAAUUCUGUAAUCUUUGGAAGGAAAUCAGUGAGGCUCUUUCUCGAAUUGCUGGAUCUAUUAGUCAGGCAAAGAGAGAUGAGUGGAAUAAGUCCAUUGUUAAACUGCUUAGUGAUCCCCUAACGCCAGAAGCACAGAGAUACCUAGACGAACUUAACUUAUGGUACAAGAACGACAUGGAAGUCAAAGAUUCAGUGGAACAAUUACGAAAUGAGCUGCAGCAAGUCAGAGAUCAGAACAAAAUUAUCCAGCAAAAACUAGACUCUCCUCAAAUUCAAAUUCAAAUCACGGUGGAGAGCGUCUCGCAAGGUGGAAAUACCAUUAACCCGAGAACGGUGAUCACAUUCCCCAGUAGCCAAGAGCAACCACAAUCCAGUUAUCCUCAUCAAAGAAACCGUCGGGAUCCUUCAACAGAGAUUAGCUUUUGGCAAGUCGUUCUGUCAUUUAAGGAAUCCUUCAACUUGUUUCUAGAAUACUUGAGAGUUCAGCUGGAAGUCGGUGUUGCAAACUACAACUUAGGAAGUUUGUUGAUAACUGUGACAUGCAGCUCACUGCAAAUCCUUGAAGGUCUGUGGAAAGAUUACAGCAGCGGCCAUCUCAAUGAAGUAGCGGAACAAAGACUUGUGACAGCUCCAGUCUUGCAGAAGCUGGGCCUUGAUGAAGUGAAACUGAAAACUACAAUUACAGAGGAUGAGUACAGAAAACGCAAAAUGUUCUUUCUGGAUAGAGAACAGGACAGCCCUGCUGUUCAUGAUGCAUUGGCUGGCGAGAUGGAAGGUUGUCGCCUGAACGCUGCACUGAUACGUUCUUACGGACCGAACAUGGGUUACAGUAAGGAACAAAGAGAAGAUGAAAUCUCCCAGCUGUGUGGUCGAUUACUUGAAUACACGGUCGGGACUUACGAGACGUUCCAUGACGCCAGGGAGGGCGAGAUGGAAGGUUGUCGCCUAAAUAUCUCGAUCUUUGGUAUGACUGGCUCUGGAAAAUCAGCUCUGAUUAAUACUAUCUUCAAGUCAUUGGAUAGCAAGUCGGAGCAUAUGGCUACAACUCAGGACGCUGGAAAGGAAGGUACUAAGAUGCUAGACUCUUAUGCUGUUCCGAAGACCCAAAUAACGCUCUUCGACACUCCUGGAUUCUUCGAGUUGGACAGAACGGAGGAAGGUAACUUUUUAUUUUAGCUCUGAGUUAGUUUUUCCUGAGUAGUAGAAAGAAAAUCUGAUUACUACUAUUACAUGCAGUGUACUUGCGUUUCCCCGCGCCGCUCAACCGAGAGCUUUGUUCAGUUGGGUCUGGGAUGUGAUAACUUAUAUCU